AUGGAUAUGAAUUCGAUUUGUUCUUUGCCACCGAUUGGUCAUCCUCCACCAAAGAAAAUUCCAGAGUUCCCAACUUCUAAUUCUUCAAUCGAACAUGUUCGUAGUUUACCAUCACCACCAAUUGUUGAACCUAUGAACGAAAAAGGGGGUCAACAUCUUCCACCUUUGACGUCAAUUCUGCAUGAUACGACAAUUCCCUUACCUUCUUCGAUACAAUUCUCAAAGCCGCCGCAGCAAGGUUUAACCCCUGCCGUUCAUAACACUCCGAUCACUCCUAAUCAACCUAACCAUUCAUUGCAAAAUUCCUCCUCAACGAGAUCUCAAUUAUCUUCUUUAAAUAAAAUUGAAAAUUAUCCUGGUUAUCAUGAAUCGAGUCAAGUUUCGAUGACUGAUGACAUACAUUCUCGGUCUACAAUAGGAAAAUUUUCCUAUGGUCCUUCUUUACCGUCAAUUAAUUCAAACUCUUAUGGUACACCAACACCGGUUGCAUCACAACGACAACCCUGGCAGCCUAUCAAGAAUCAACAACCUUAUCAUUAUCAACAACCUUUACCAUCUCAUGCGACGCGAUUCGGUUAUAGUCUUCCUGUUCCACCACCACAGCAUUCUAAUUAUCCUCAAUAUGGUUCUUACUUAAGUAGAGAUAAUUCUGAAUCUCCUUAUGUUCAAACUACUGAACCACCUUUGGUUAAAUUGGGAAAAUUUGCCUCUCAGUAUCGUGACGUGCACCUUAACCAAGGUUCAUGGAAUUCUAUUACAUUUCAAGUUAAUGAAGUUCAAUUGACAAAUAUAAUAAAUAGAGCUUACGAUGUACUAAAUAUUUUGACUGGAUUAAAGAAUGAAGUUACUUCAAGAAAUUCUGAUCCUUCAAAUUCUGGUAACGAUGAUUUACUUGACCUAAAUAGAAAACAGCGCCCUGAUAUGGCCUCACAACGUUCAAAAUAUAGAAAAAGAAGCAAGCGUGCCGCCCCACCAGGAAGAUGCCAUUCAUGCAACAUCUCAGAAACUCCUGAAUGGCGUCGUGGCCCUGAUGGUGCUAGAACGUUGUGCAACGCAUGUGGACUUCACUUUGCAAAAAUUACAAGGAAGCGAGCAUUAUCUACUAUGCAACAACAAUUACAACAUCCAUCUUCUACAUCUGAUUCCACUGUAUCCGAUAUAAAUAAUGACUUGGCAUCAAUGCCAACACCCAGCGCUUCAGAUGUUGAAAGUAGAGAUGCAGACAUUUAA